UAGACUACCCAAAAGUGCUGCUUUGCUAUAUCAGCCCCCCUAAGGCUUUCUUCUAAGUUGUGAAGGCAGUGAGAGAGGAAACACAGAAGCAGCAGCAGCAGCAGCAGCCUUGAAGCUAGUCUAAACUAGUGGAAGGUUGUCUGUUAAGACUCCAACUACAUAUGGCACGCGGCAAGGUACAGCUUAGGCGCAUCGAGAACCCAGUGCAUCGCCAAGUCACCUUCUGCAAACGGCGAGCUGGGCUGCUGAAGAAGGCCAAGGAGCUCUCUGUGUUGUGUGAUGCUGACAUUGGCCUCAUCAUCUUCUCCACCCAUGGGAAGCUUUAUGAACUUGCUACCAAGGGAACCAUGCAAGGCUUGAUUGAGAGGUACAUGAAGUCAGCACAGGGAGCACAUGGGCAAGAAAGUGAAGCAAGUUUUACCAGGGGGUCUGAGCAACAGAUAUCCAUGAUGAACCAAGAGAUACAGCUGUUGCAGAAGGGCCUCGGUUACAUGUUCGGAGGGGGAACAGCAAACAUGACACUCGACGAACUGCACUUGCUGGAGAGGCACCUCGAGCUGUGGAUGUGUCAGAUACGCACAGCCAAGAAUGAUAUCAUGUUUCAAGAGAUAGAGCUGCUGAAAAACAAGGAGGACGUUCUCAAGGCAACACAUGGUUUUCUUCAAGGGAAGCUGGAUGAGCAAAGUGGGUUCUACGAUGUGCCCAACAUGUUUGAAGGCAUUCCAUAUCCAUUAACCAUUCCUAACGAAAUAUUUCAAAUGUAAUGAGUCUUAACUAACUUAGGUCUGGGUGAUAAGGGACACCAUUUAUAUAUAUAUAUAUAUAUUGUGUUUGACUACAUCAUGUAUUAGCAUGGCGCGGACUGAUCAUAUAUAGCCAGUAGUGUGCCUUAUGUAAUUUGAAAUUUGAAUAUGCUUGAUUGUCACUUUGCGUGCAUGUAAUAUUAAUCUCAACAU